UGGACCGCAGUUCGAAGAGGAGACAAGUGAAGCCUUUGGCAGCUUCGCUGCUGGAAGCUUUAGAUUAUGAUAGCUCUGAUGACAGUGAUUUUAAAGUUGGAGAUGCUUCAGAUUCUGAAGGAAGUGGUCAUGGGAGUGAAGAUGCAUCAAAGGACAGUGGUGAAGGUUCCUGUACUGAAUCAGAAGAAAAUAUCUUGGAGGAGGAACCGGCAGAAGAGAAAGUAGAAGAGCAACAGCCAAAAAGCUCCACUGAAGAGGAGGUGCCAACAGCAGACAAAGAGGUAAUUAAAACUGAAAAGAAAGAACAAGAAGAUGAAGAAGAAAAGCCGAAAAAGAAGAAAGAGAAGGAGAAAGCAGCUGAACCUGAUGCUGUAGCUGACGAGCAAACAAAUGAACCAAAAAAAUGGAAUUUGCGCAGGAACCGGCCUUUGCUGGAUUUUGUAUCCAUGGAAGAACUAAAUGAUAUGGAUGACUAUGAUAGUGAAGAUGACAAUGACUGGCGGCCUACUGCUGAGAAAAAAAAAGGAAAAAAUGCACUGCGAAAAGAGGGGAGUGAUGGAGAUAAUGAGGAUGAUGAAGAUGAUGGGAGCGGAAGUGAUGAGGAUGACAAUGAUGAGGAAGGUAAUGAAGAAGAUAAUAGCAGUACGGCUAGUGAUGGAGGAUCCAAGAAGAAGAAGAGUAAAGUUCUUAACAGGAAUAAUGCAGAUGAUGAGGAAUUGACAAAUGAUAGCCUGGCUCUUUCACAAAGCAAGAGUAAUGAGGACUCAUUGAUCCUUGAGAAGUCUCAAAAUUGGAGUUCCCAGAAAAUGGACCAUAUUUUGAUUUGUUGCGUUUGUCUUGGAGAUAAUAGUGAAGAUGCUGAUGAAAUAAUCCAGUGCGACAACUGUGGAAUAACAGUGCAUGAAGGUUGCUACGGUGUUGAUGGAGAGAGUGAUUCGAUAAUGAGCUCAGCUUCAGAAAAUUCCACAGAACCUUGGUUUUGUGAUGCAUGCAAAUGUGGUGUCACACCUAGUUGUGAAUUGUGUCCUAACCAGGAUGGGAUCUUCAAGGAGACCGAUGCAGGCAGGUGGGUCCAUAUUGUCUGUGCCCUCUAUGUUCCAGGAGUGGCAUUUGGAGAUAUCGACAAACUGCGGCCAGUAACGCUUACAGAAAUGAAUUAUUCAAAGUAUGGUGCCAAGGAAUGCAGUUUUUGUGAAGAUCCUCGUUUUGCCAGAACUGGUGUAUGCAUCAGUUGCGAUGCUGGGAUGUGCAGAGCUUAUUUCCACGUGACCUGUGCUCAGAAGGAAGGCCUCCUGUCAGAAGCAGCAGCAGAAGAGGAUAUAGCUGACCCUUUUUUUGCUUAUUGUAAACAGCAUGCGGACAGGUUAGACAGGAAAUGGAAGCGGAAGAACUACUUGGCAUUACAAUCUUACUGUAAAAUGUCCUUGCAGGAAAGAGAAAAACAGCUCUCGCCAGAAGCUCAGGCUCGCAUUAAUGCCAGGCUACAGCAGUAUCGUGCCAAAGCAGAGCUGGCCCGCACCACCAGGCCUCAGGCCUGGGUUCCCAGGGAGAAGCUACCACGACCACUUACUAGCAGUGCUUCAGCCAUACGUAAGCUUAUGCGCAAAGCUGAAUUAAUGGGAAUUAGUACAGACAUUUUUCCAGUGGAUACUUCGGAUACCAGUUCCAGUGUUGAUGGAAGAAGAAAACAUAAACAACCAGCUCUCACUGCUGAUUUUGUGAAUUAUUACCUUGAGAGAAACAUGCGCAUGAUUCAAAUCCAGGAGAAUAUGGCUGAACAGAAGAAUAUCAAGGAUAAAUUAGAAAAUGAGCAAGAAAAGCUUCAUGUGGAGUAUAAUAAGCUGUGUGAGUCCUUGGAAGAGCUACAAAAUAUGAAUGGAAAGCUGCGAAAUGAAGGGCAAGGCAUUUGGGCUCUGCUGGGUAGAAUUAUUGGACAGAAACUGAACAUACCAGCAAUUUUACGUGCUCCUAAGGAAAGGAAACCAAGUAAAAAGGAAGGAGGAACACAAAAGACAUCUACGCUUCCAGCCGUGCUUUAUAGUUGUGGAAUUUGCAAGAAGAAUCAUGAUCAACACCUACUGCUACUGUGUGAUACUUGUAAACUCCAUUAUCAUCUGGGUUGCCUGGAUCCACCUCUUACAAGGAUGCCAAGGAAGACCAAGAAUAGCUAUUGGCAGUGCUCAGAAUGUGACCAGGCAGGUAGCAGUGACAUGGAGGCUGAUAUUGCCAUGGAAACCUUACCAGAUGGGACCAAAAGAUCAAGGAGGCAGAUUAAGGAACCAGUGAAAUUUGUUCCUCAGGAUGUGCCGCCAGAACCGAAGAAAAUUCCAAUCAGAAACACG